AUGUCAUAUGACGAUAUAGAAAACGCAACUCCUGACAUUGUCAUUGGAAGUACUCUUGAGGAAGAGGAAGACGAUUACCAGUAUGAGAACGAGAGCGACAAUGAAGGGCAACAAGAAAAGGAUUUGGAUGACUCACAGCUGAAAGGCAAAAAGUCUGUUGCAUUUGCAGGUUUGGAUGAAGAGGACGAUGAGAAAGCCGAGGAGAGGGCCAAAAGGGAAUUCGAAGAAGGUGGUGGCUUGCCAGAGCAGCCUACCAAUCCAGAUAUUACUCAGCUCACUCCACUUUCUCCUGAGAUCAUCAAUAGACAAGCUACAAUCAACAUUGGUACAAUUGGUCACGUUGCGCAUGGUAAGUCUACCGUUGUUAGAGCCAUUUCCGGUGUCCAGACUGUUCGUUUUAAAGAUGAAUUGGAGAGAAACAUUACCAUUAAAUUGGGAUACGCCAACGCCAAAAUUUACAGGUGCGAUAACCCAGAGUGUCCCGAACCUGGAUGUUAUAAAUCUUUCAAGUCAGAUAAGGAAAUAAGACCCAAAUGUGAGCGCCCAGGCUGUGAAGGGCGCUAUAAGUUGGUUAGACACGUUUCAUUUGUUGACUGUCCCGGCCACGAUAUCUUGAUGAGUACAAUGUUGUCAGGAGCUGCAGUUAUGGAUGCAGCCUUGUUGCUUAUUGCUGGUAACGAAAGUUGUCCUCAGCCACAAACUUCCGAACAUUUGGCAGCUAUCGAGAUUAUGAAGUUGAAGCAUGUCAUCAUUUUGCAAAACAAGGUUGAUUUGAUGAGAGAGGAAUCUGCAUUGGAGCACGAAAAAUCUAUCCUUCAAUUUAUAAGAGGUACGAUUGCAGAUGGCGCGCCAAUUGUUCCAAUAUCAGCGCAAUUGAAAUACAACAUCGACGCUGUCAACCAAUUUAUAGUGAAUUCGAUACCUGUGCCCAUUAGAGAUUUUAAUGCAUCACCUAGAUUGAUUGUCAUUAGAUCCUUCGAUGUGAAUAAACCUGGUGCUGAUGUUGAUGACUUGAAGGGAGGGGUUGCAGGUGGUUCGAUAUUGACCGGUGUGUUUAAGAUUGGUGAUGAGAUUGAGAUUAGACCAGGUAUUGUUACCAAAGAUGACCAAGGUAGAAUUCAAUGUAAAACGAUAUUCUCCAAUAUUGUUUCCUUAUUUGCCGAGCACAAUGAUUUGAAAUUUGCUGUACCGGGGGGUUUGAUUGGGGUUGGUACUAAAGUUGACCCAACCUUGUGUAGGGCUGAUAGAUUGGUUGGACAGGUUGUUGGGGCAAAAGGAAAUUUGCCCUCUAUUUACUCGGAUAUUGAAAUCAAUUACUUUUUGUUGAGAAGAUUGUUGGGAGUGAAGACUGAGGGACAAAAGCAAGGUGCAAAAGUUAGGAAAUUGGAAGUGGGUGAAGUUUUGAUGGUUAAUAUUGGUUCGACUGCGACUGGUGCUAGAGUAGUAGCUGUCAGGGCAGAUAUGGCGCGUUUACAAUUAACUUCCCCGGCCUGUACCGAAAUUAAUGAGAAGAUAGCCUUGUCGAGACGUAUUGAGAAGCACUGGCGUUUGAUUGGAUGGGCAACAAUCAAAAAGGGAACCACUAUAGAACCUGUAGUUUGA